GGGACCAGAGAGAGCAGGAAAUGCUGGCGAAGGGUACGAAGAUCAUGAGGCGUGGCAAGGCACACAUCCCCCCUCGUCGGCUUCGCUGCGUUUUUUUUUUUUUUUUUUCAUCCUAUAAGUAAGUAAGCCCGAGAUCAUCUGUCAAGCAACUCGACAUUCGACAGUUUCGUCCUAAUUACACCUUACACCCAAACCAACCCUCGCGGCACCCAUCAGCACCACAAAAUGUCCCACCGCAUCUCCUUACACAAGGACCAGCAGCCGGCCGACGUGCCGCCGCAGAUCUCCGACCUCCACUGCUUCACCGAGACCAACGGCGUCAUCACGACCACCAUGUUCGACGUGCCCGGAUACCGGGUCGUGCGGGUGCUGGGCACCGUCUACGGGCUCACGGUGCGCUCGCGCAACUGGGCGGCCGGGCUGGGCAUGGUGCUCAAGAGCAUCGCCGGCGGUGAGCUAAGGUGGUUCACCAACAUGCUCUACAAUGCGCGCAACGACGCCAUCUCGCGCAUCGUCUCUGAGACGCAGGCCCGUGGUGGGAACGCCGUCAUCGCCAUGCGCUUCGACGCCAGCGACCUGGGCGGCUUCGCCCAGGUGUGCGCCUACGGCACAGCCGCCAUCAUCGAAAAGAUUGACGACACGGUCCAGGUGCCCCCGCAGCUGGCCGCUACGAGCAGCUGAUAAGGAGCUUGGUUACCGGACGUCGUUCGAUCAGCUGUUUUUUCACCGAGUCCGGAUAAGUCGGUCUUGCGCAAGGAAACUCAAAAGCUGCAGUGCUUGUAUCCCAAGAUACCCAGAUAGAUGCCAGAGAGGUGCCAUUAUAUAUAUAUGCCCAUGAACUCCAGACGUCCCAUGCCAUAAGAAAAAAGCAAAAAAAAAAAAAAAUUAAAUAAAAAAAAUAAAA